AUGCUUGCCUCCCACGGCCGCGGCGGUGCCGGCAACAUGGCCGAUAGCACCAAGUCGCCCAAGGUCACCCCCAAGGACCUCGAGACCCCGACCCUCAAGACCUCCGUCGUCACCACCGGCCGCGGCGGCUCCGGCAACAUGGCCAAGAACGCCGACCCCUACGAGACCCGUCUGCGCCAGGACGUCGAGGGCGUCCCCCGCCGAGAGAGCAACGGCGCAACCCACUACGGCCGUGGAGGCGCCGCCAACGUCUUCAAGACCGGCUCCGAGGAGGAGGCUGCCGCGAAGAAGGCCAAGGCCGAGGCCACAGCCGCCGUCGAGGACGACGAGUCUUCGCUGCGCAAGACGCCUUCGCCCACCGGCGGCCGCCGCAGCCCCGAGGACGGCAACGGCCUCGCCGCCAAGGGCAAGCAGUGGCUCAACAACCUGACCAAGAAGGCAUAA